CCUCAGGCCUCACCUCCCGUGUCUGCCCUGCUUGGUAGGUAAAUGCUGGUCCCUGAGACGAAAGAAUCAAAAUGUCUACUGCAGCCGAAGUGAGGGCAACAGAAGGAGACAUUUCCAACGACAGUAAUUUACACACAUCUCAAGUGGAAGGCUUCAGGAAAGGCGUUUGCUCAGUCCGACAUGGACUUUCUGUCAUCUUGCUGCUCUGUAAUUUUGCAAUUUACACUCAACAAAUGAACAUAAGCAUUGCCAUCCCAGCUAUGGUGAACCACACGAUCCCACCCAGCCAUCCCAGUGCCUCCACAGAAAGGCCUCCCACUGACUCCCAGGACUACUGGAAUGAAACUCUAAAGGAAUUUAAGGCAGUGGCCCCUGUGUAUGACUGGAAUCCUGAAAUCCAGGGAAUUGUCCUCAGCUCCCUCAACUAUGCCUCCUUCUUGGCUCCACUCCCUACUGGUUACGUGGCUGGAAUAUUUGGAGCCAAGCGCGUGGUUGGUGCUGGAUUGUUCAUUUCCUCAGUCCUGACCCUCUUCAUUCCACUGGCAGCUGAUACUGGAGUGACAUUGCUCAUUGUCAUUCGGGUUGCCCAAGGCAUAGCCCAGGUUAUGGUAACAACAGGUCAGUAUUCAUUUUGGGUAAAAUGGGCUCCUCCAAUGGAAAGGAGUCAACUCGUCAGCAUUGCUACAUCAGGGAUAAUGCUGGGAUCCUUCAUUGUCUUUGCUGUUGGUGGUCUCCUCUGCCAGACCAUAGGAUGGCCUUAUAUCUUCUAUAUCUUUGGUGGAAUUGGCUGUGUCUGCUGUCUUCUCUGGUUCCCUCUCGUUUAUGAUGACCCCAUGAAUCAUCCCUUUAUCAGCACUGGUGAGAAGGAAUACAUCAUGUGUGCACUGGCCCAAAAGGAUUGUUCACCAAGCUGGUCUCUUCCCAUUAAGGCUAUGAUCAAAUCCCUACCACUUUGGGCCAUUUUAGUCUAUUCUUUCUGUCAGUACUGGACUUUUUAUGUUGUGACUGUGUACAGACCAACAUACAUCAACUCUGUACUUCAAGCUAACCUCAGAGAUAGUGGGAUCCUGUCUGCCCUACCACUUAUACCUGGCUUCAUCUGUACAAUCCUUGGAGGUCUGUUGGCAGAUUAUCUCCUUUCCAGAAAAAUUCUCAAGCUUAUCACCAUAAGAAAACUCUUCACUGCCGUAGGAGUUCUCCUCCCAUCCCUGCUCAACAUGUCCCUGUACUGGGUCAGAUCCAGCACCAGCACCAGUGUGGCCUUCUUGAUGCUGUCUCCUGCCAUCACCGGCUUUUGCUUCUCAGGAGCCUUUGUUAACAUCUUGGAUAUUGCUCCUCGAUACACUAGCUUUCUCAGGGGACUCUCACAAGUCUUUGCACAUACAGCUGGAGCCAUCUCUCCCACCACUACUGGAUUUUUCAUCAGUCAGGAUUCAGAGUUGGGUUGGAGAAAUGUCUUCUUGCUUUCGGCUGCCAUUAACAUAUUGGGCCUGAUUGUCUACCUCAUCUUCAGCCAAGCAGACGUCCAGGACUGGGCUAAAGAGUAGACAAGUAAUUGCACUUCUGUGCGAACCAAGUGAUGUAUUAGGCCUAGACGAUCACUUGUUUCUUGCUUCCCCUCACAGAUGUUCCCCUUAGAGCCUGCGUGACUGAUUAGACAUUUAAUUUAAAUUGACCUUGUUUCCUGUGUCUUCUCAGAGUCCUUGGCUAUUGUAACAGUGAAGAUUCUGCCUGGAGAUUUUACCAGGAUGUAAAAGGCUAGUUACUUAACUGUAAGCUCCUGAAGGAAUAGGUGUGUCUGACUUUCUUCAUGUUCUCCACUUUUUCCACUGUUAUCCUGGUAAAAGCAUCAGGAUUUGGAGGACAAUUUCUCACCAAAGGAAAAGAAGAAGCCAGAACUAUGGGAGUGAAAACUGAGAAUCAUAAGGGAAGUUGUGUCCAAACACCCAGAAAAUGAACCCUGACAGCUGACAUAAAAGGACCGAUACCAUAGACACCAUAAUGUACACAACCCAAUUUCAUGGGCCUAGUGGUGAAAACAGACAAAUUCGCUCUCAGAAGUGAGGAGGGAUACAGGGCCAUUGGGAUGUUUGGUGUAGGCAGGAUGCCUGUUGAAACAUCAAGGAAGAAAGGACAGUAAGACAGAAUUCAUUUUAACAGGAGGAGUGAACGUCUUAUAACUAAUGUGGGGAAAACAUGAUAGACUUCGACUAUGUAACAACAUCCUUUCUCUGGCUCCUAGUUUUGGAAUCAGAGUUGCCUCCCUAAUAGAUGUAGAGAUCAAGCACUUCCUGGAGUCCACUAUUAUAAGGUUGCCUUCACUCUGGCCAUAUUGGCCUCUGCCCAGCAUCUGGUUUGUGGAUCUGUGCUGAAAUCUUGCAUCUUACUAAAAGCACAUGGUCCAUGUUCUCUCCUAUCCCCGCAAAUAUUUGUUCAUGCUGUCGCUCUCAUCUUGACUGCCCUUCUUCUGCUUGUCUAAUGUGAUUUUGGGGGCUGGCAAAACUGAAAUGCGUAGGUCAGUCAGCAGGCUGGAAACUCCAGCAGUCUUGAGUCAGAAAGUUGUAGGCCAGGUGGACUGAAAAGUCCAGCAGGAUAUUUAUGUCUUCAGGCAUAAUUCUCUCUUUGGGAAACUUCAGUUUUUGCACUCAGGGCCUUCAACUGAUUGACUGCGGCCCACCCCCAUUAUGGAAGGUAAUCUGCUAUACUUUGAGUCACCUGAUUGUUGUAAAUGUUAAACCAAACCAAACCCAUUGCUGUCGAGUAAAUUCCAACUCAAAAACGUUAGUCAUAUCUAAAUUCUUUCACAGGAGCUUCUAGACUGGCAUUUGACCAAACAUCUGGGCACCACAGCCUAGCCAAGCUGACUCGUAAAAUUAACCAUCACAGGUGGUGAGAGAUGGAGUGAGGGGAGCUCCUGCCUUUUCACUGGAUGGUUAACGUGAACAUCCAUGUAUGCUAGUGAGAAGUCAGGGAGGCCCUGCCGAGUGAUUUUACUUGGAAUUGUGGUAGGGACUGGCAGUUUGUGGGGUAAGGAAAAGACCUGAAGUGCUCAUGUCAGAGAAGAGGAGGACAAUGUGGCAAAGAUGGCCUGGAGGGGUGCCAGGCAUGUGGUGACCUACCUUAGAGGACCUGGAAAACCUCACAUUGUUCGUCACUUGUUUCAUUUAUUGAGUUUCCUCCACUCAGUCUGAUUGUAAACUUCAAAAAUUCAAGAACCAUGGCAUAUUAUUUUGUAACAUCUUUAACACAAAUACACUGUUUUGUACACAGUAAGUGCCAAUAAAAGCUUGUUGAAUCACCGUAUGAAUCAAUGAAUGAAAUGGCGCUGGUAGGGGAAGGAAUGGAAUGGUGAGGGAGGCCAGUUAGCCUGUGGGAAGAGAAAGAACCCUAUUUUGACCCAAUUUUCUUUUAAUUCCCUUUGUUUGUGAGAGUGUAGAAUCUUCUAAACCUAUGGACUGCUUUUCUCGUCUAAUAUUAAGAUAUUGAAAGAUUAGGUUUGCCCCCAUUCCCUUUCUCUAGCAAUCACAGAGCCAAACCCAGGCUCUUACUAGUGACAAGGUGUUUGCUCAUCAGGGAACAGGAUCUCUCGCUUGUUUCUGAACCAUGCCAUGUUUGCAUUUCAUCUCCUUUCCUUCCCUGGACCAUUUUAUUGCUUUUCAAUCUGUCACUUUUAGUUCUUUCUGAAAGUAAGCUUGAUUUCUCCCUGGGCCCACUAAAGAGGUAGCUGACUUGUCCAGUCUCCUCCCAAACUGGAUGUCCUCAAAGUACAGAAAUCUUUUAAGAUUUUCUACUGGCCCACACAUGUACAACACCGAAGAGUAAAAGAUGAAAAUACAAAAAAGAUCUUUCCAGAAGUCUCAGAAUAAAAUGUUAUCUCAUGCUUGCUUAUUGGUUUAUUUAAUAAUCAUUUAUAAAGCACCCAAUGCAGAGAGGAAGAGAGAGAUUAAAUAAACCCAUAUUUAAAAUUCAGACAUGUUGCAUGUUAUAUCUUACAAAAAAUACUUGUUAGAAAAGAGAUGUACACAGGGUGAAAGGGAGUAGAAGUGGCCAGUAGGAAUCCUUGCACCAUCUUCUUCCUUGUGCUGGUGACACCUCUCAGCUCCAGACUUGUGGGUUGGGCCCACUUCCCAUCAAUAAAGAGGUCCAUCCCGGGUUCUCUGAGCCCUCUGUUUUGCACUAAAUUUUGUAGAGAAAGAAAAAGAGUGCAUACAAAUGUCACUAGUGUGCCCUCGUACCCAGAGGACAUAAGAAAGCUUUUUAACAAUUCAGAGGAAUAAAUAAGCUGGUUUAGUAUAUAUAUAUUUCAAGACGUCUUCUUUGCCUCAUAGAUAGGUUAUUCUAAAAAUUUGUUACACUUCUUCCCUCUUGACACAAAAAUAAAUGUAACUAUCUGGUGCAAUUUUAUCACCCUAUCUCUUCCCUACCCUCACAAGUCUAUGUGUAAGAGCUUUCACCAAUUCCAACAUUUUGCUAGGUACAGGCACAUGGUGGAGCCCCUGGGUGGUACAAACAGUUAACGUGUUCAGCUGCUAACUGAAAGAUUGGAGGUUCUAGUCUGCCCAGAGCUCCUUGGAAGAAAGCCCUGGUGAUCUACUUUGAAAAAUUAGCCAUUGAAAAGUCUGUGGAGCACAGUUCUACUCUGACACACAUGAGGUCAACAUAAGUCAGAAUUGACUCCACGACAACUGGUAUUGUAGGCACAUGGUAUGAAGCCAUGCUUCAUUUUCUUUAUAUCUAUGCCGUAUCCUAAAAAGAAAACCCAAAAACACUGUGCACACCUGUAUGGUUUGGAACCCAGGUAAGUUUGAUAUUGCUCCUAUCUCUAAUAAGAAUACAUUGAUCUACAGCAAUAAGAAGACACUCUUUUUGUACUGUUAUAAAAUUUCCAUUCUUUGUAAACCAAUUUGGCACCUGGCUUUACUGGUUAUUAGGUACCCAGAUUAGCUCAUCUGAUGUCAUCAUAUUCUCCAAAACCAAAGAAAGGGAAGGUAUUAAGCUGGGGUGUUAAUUCAGGGUCAUAAGUGGGAUGCAAUGAAGACAUAUUAUCUUUCCUUUGUAGUGAAAAACUGUAUUUUUUAUUUGAAGUUUUAUUGAUUAUUAAAAUAUGUUCAUAAAAAUAGACAUUUUCUGGGUUUUCCAUGCAAAAACAUUGCCUAAUG